GGAGCACCUUGAAGGCAGCAUCGGGUCUGCUGCAUUAGCUGUACCAUCUCAGCAGAGGGCAACAAUCCACGCAUCCUGUUUCCCGUUAGCUCAUCAAGCUGCAAUAUUCAAUCCAUGACAUUCGAAGAUGGACGCUGUUAUGGACUAGACCAGGAUACACAGAAAGCCCAAACUGCGAGUUUCAGAGGUCUGUUAUGACAACAUUCCCAGUUCGUACAGGUGGAGGCAGGAGGUGUGAGUAGAGGGCAGCAGACAUCCGCAGCAUGUAUUCCGAGUGGCGCUCGCUGCAGUUGGUGGUGCAGAGUGACCAGGGCCACCUCAGCGUUCUGCACACCUAUCCCACGAGCGUGGGCACGGAGGUGGCCAAUGCAGUGGUCAAGCCUUUGGGCACAGCGGUGAGCCCCGUCGCCACAGAGAACAUCCUCAAGACGGACAAGGAGGUAAAAUGGACGAUGGAGGUGCUGUGCUACGGCCUCACCCUCCCCCUGGAGGGGGACACCGUCAAGCUGUGUGUGGACGUGUACACAGACUGGAUGAUGGCCCUGGUGUCGCCCAGGGAUUCCAUGCCUCAGCCUGUGGUCAAGGAGCCCAAUAUGUACGUCCAGACCAUCCUCAAACAUCUCUACAACGUCUUUGUACCGAGGCCUGAACAACACAGUCUGAACCACAUCAGGCUUUGCCAGCAGGUUCUCACGGCGGUCCAGAAACUGGCACGAGAGUCCGUUUCCAUGGUGAGGGAAACGUGGGAGGUGCUGUUGCUGUUCCUGCUUCGCAUCAACGACACAUUACUGGCCCCUCCCACCAUCGGAGUCGGGGUGGCUGAGAAAUUAGCAGAGAAGUUGGUGGCUGUGCUGUUUGAGGUUUGGCUGCUAGCGUGCGCCCGCUGCUUUCCCACGCCACCUUAUUGGAAGACGUCAAGGGAGAUGCUGGCCAACUGGAGACACCACCCUCCUGUCGUAGAGCAGUGGAGCAGAGUGGCCUGCGCACUGACCUCCAGGCUGCUGCACUUCACCCACGGACCAUCCUUUCCACCUUUUAAAGUUCCCGAGGAGGACGCCGGCCUGAUCCCUCCCGCGAUGGACCACGACUGUGUGGCACAGACGUGGUACCGCUUUCUCCACAUGCUCAGCAACCCGGUGGACCUGAGCAACCCUGCGAUAGUGAGCACCACUCCAAAAUUCCAGGAACAGUUUCUCAACUCCAGCGGCUUGCCUCACGAAGUGGUGCUGCAUCCGUGUUUGAAACAGCUGCCCCAGAUUUUCUUCAGAGCCAUGAGGGGCAUCAGCUGCUUAGUGGAUGCCUUCUUAGGUGUCUCUGUUGAAAAGAGAGACGUACGGGAGAGGGUGUUCUCUUUUUGUCCAGUGCUGCUCUAUCAUGGUAUAUCACGCCCCAGAGCGGACAGUGCUCCGCCCACCCCAGUCAACAGAAUGAGCAUGUCUCCGCCCCCCUCCAUCGCCAACACCACGCCCCCUCACAGCCGCAAGCAACGGCACACGGUGGUCAACAAAACCACGAGCAAGAGCUCAACUGGCAGCGGUAAUCAACCAACCAAAGCAUCCCAGCAGCAGCAGCAGCAGCAACAGCAGCAGCAACAGCAGCAGACGUCCUCCUCUCCCACUCUGCUGUCCAGUCCCAAUCAGAGCAGCUGGGAGACUCGGCCCCUGCCGGCCCCAGCGCGGCCAAAGGUCAACAGCAUCCUCAAUCUUUUCGGCCAGUGGCUUUUUGACGCCGCGCUGGUCCACUGUAAGCUCCACAGCGGCCUCAGCCGAGACCCCAGCAUGACCGCCUCUUUUAUCCAAAUUCUCCUUUCUUACAAAUCUUCGAUCGCCACCCAAGUAGGCCACGACCUGAGGAGGAAGGGUUCCCAAAUGUCCACCGACUCCAUGGUGUCCAACCCCAUGUUCGACGCUAACGAGUUCCCCGAGAGCUACGAGGCGGGACGAGCCGAGGCCUGCGGAACUCUCUGCCGCAUCUUCUGUAGCAAAAAAACUGGAGAGGAAAUCCUGCCCGUUUACCUGUCCAGGUUCUACAUGAUCCUGAUUCAGGGUCUCCAGAUCUCAGAUUUUAUCUGUAGACCAGUUCUGGCUUCCAUCAUUCUCAACUCCUCCUCUCUCUUCUGCACUGACCUGAAGGGCAUCAAUGUGGUGGUCCCCUACUUCAUAGCUGCGCUGGAGACUAUAGUGCCGGACAGGGAGCUGUCCAAGUUCAAGAUGUAUGUAAAUCCCACCGACCUGAGGCGAGCCUCCAUCAACAUCCUGCUUGCCAUUCUGCCAUUGCCGCACCAUUUUGGCAACAUCAAAUCAGAGGUUCUGUUGGAAGGAAAGUUCAAUGAGGAGGAUGGGUGGCCUCAUGACCAGCCCGUGUCCUUCCUGUCCCUGAGACUACGUCUCGUCAAUGUCCUUAUAGGAGCACUUCAGACGGAGACGGACCCCACCAACACACAGCUCAUUCUGGGUGCAAUGCUAAAUAUCGUUCAAGACUCUGCGCUGCUGGAGUCCAUAGGUGCUCAGACCGAAACGGGGAGCAUCGACGGGAGCCACGCGACCGCGAGGAGCCAGAGUCACAGCCGCACCAACAGCGGCAUUAGUUUCUCCAGCGGGGGCAGCAUGGAGGCCACCAGCCCGGACUCCGAGCGCCCCGCCCAGGCCCUGCUUCGAGACUACGCUCUUCCAGAUACGGCGGCAGGCCUGCUGGUGCGCAGCAUCCACCUUGUCACUCAGAGACUCAACUCCCAGUGGCGGCAAGACAUGAGCAUUUCCCUGGCUGCCCUGGAGCUGCUGGCUGGGCUUGCCAAGGUGAAGGUGGGAGUGGACUCUGCCGACCGCAAACGUGCCGUCAGCUCAAUAUGUGGCUACAUCGUGUACCAGUGUAGCCGCCCCGCUCCCCUCCAGUCUCGAGACCUCCACUCCAUGAUUGUCGCUGCCUUCCAGUUUCUGUGUGUGUGGCUCACAGAGCACCCUGACAUGCUGGACGAAAAGGAUUGCUUGGUGGAGGUUCUGGAGAUCGUGGAGCUGGGGAUCUCUGGCAGCAAGUCCCGACAGGAACUGGAGGUUCGUCAUAAAGGGGAGAAGGAGCACAACCCAGCUUCCAUGAGGGUGAAGGAUGCCGCCGAGGCGACUCUGUCCUGUAUCAUGCAGGUGCUGGGUGCCUUCCCUUCCCCGAGCGGAACCGCCUCCACCUGCAGCCUACUGAACGAAGACACCCUGAUUCGCUACGCCCGACUCGGCGCCACAGGAGCCAGCAACUUCCGCUACUUCGUCCUGGACAACUCGGUGAUCCUCGCCAUGCUGGAGCAGCCUCUCGGCAACGAGCAGAACCCCAGUCCAUCAGUGACGGUUCUGAUCCGAGGGACGGCUGGCAGACAUGCCUGGACCAUGCAGCUCUUCCACCAACCCAGAGGAGCUCGGGCCAAUCAGAGACAGGUGUUUGUUCCUGAGGGCCGUCCGACACCCAACAACGGCGUGGGCAUCAAGUACAACGUCAAGCAGAGGCCCUUCCCUGAAGAGGUCGAUAAGAUACCGCUUGUCAAAGCUGAUGUCAGUAUUCCUGACUUGGACGACAUUGUGAGCAAAGAGCUGGAAGUUCAGCAUGACAAGCUUCGUAUUCUGAUGACCAAGCAGACUGAGUAUGAGAACACCUUGGAGCGACACAGCGAGGAAAUCUGGAAGUGCAAGCCUUACCCCGACCCACGGACGGACUGCAAACCUCCUUCACCCUCGCGGCAGUUCCAGACGGCCCGCCUCUUCCUCUCCCACUUUGGCUUUCUGUCUCUGGAGGCGCUCAAGGAGCCCAACAACAGUCGUCUACCUCCUCAUCUGAUUGCCCUGGAGUCAUCGCUGCCAGGGUUUUCCGAUGACGUCAGUUACCUGGACUUGCUUCCCUGCCGUCCAUUCGACACCGUCUUUAUUUUCUAUGUGAGGGCCGGACAGAAAAGCAGCCCUGAGAUCCUGAGGAAUGUGGAGUCAUCCUCCAGUGUCCAGCCCCACUUUUUGGAGUUUGUCUUGUCCUUGGGCUGGCCUGUGGACGUGGGACGCCACCCAGGGUGGACAGGACACCUGGACACCAGUUGGUCCCUCAACUCCUACUCCGACAGCAACGAAAUAAACCAAACAGAGGACACAGCCACUCCUGAGGACACCGGAGGCUCCGUGUUCAACGGGGAGAAGAAGGUUUUGUACUACGCCGAUGCCCUGACGGAGAUCGCCUUCGUCGUUCCAUCUUUAACUGAGAGCUCGGAGGAGUCCUCGGUGCACAGCGACUCCACAGUGGAGGCAGACACCAACGUGGACGUUGUGCCGGCUCCACACAAACAACCCAAUCUCACCCUGGAGCUGUUCCCCAACCAUUCUGAAAACCUGGAGUCGGCCAAAAAGAUGAGUCCGUUGGUGAAGACCAAGAAGUCAUCGACUGGUAAAUCUUUCCCACCGCUGGGUCCUGAGACAAAGGUGUUUGUGGUCUGGGUGGAGCGCUUUGAUGACAUUGAGAACUUCCCCUUGUCUGAUCUUUUGGCGGAAACCAGCACAGGCUUAGAAGCCAGCAUGAGCAACAGCACUUCCUGCAGGUCAGGCUUACUAGAGAAGGACGUUCCUCUGAUCUUCAUCCAGCCCCUGAAGACGGGGCUCUUUAGGAUCCGGCUGCAUGGAGCCAUGGGUAAAUUUGGCAUGGUGAUUCCCCUGGUGGACGGCAUGGUGGUCAGCCGCAGAGCGCUAGGGUUUCUGGUGCGCCAAACGGUCAUCAACGUGUGCCGGCGGAAGCGCCUGGAAAGUGACUUGUACAACCCGCCUCACGUGCGGCGGAAGCAGAAAAUAACGGAAAUCGUCCAGCGUUACCGCAACAAGCAGCUGGAGCCCGAGUUUUACACCUCGCUCUUCCACGAGGUGGGGGAGGGAAAGCCUCACCUCUAACCCUUCCCCCCGCCCUGUCCUAACACUGGCUAACGCAAGCGCACACACACACACACACACACACACACACACUCACUUGUCUUAUACUCAUACACCAUUUACAACUGUGCGUGUUUACAUAUACACCCUCCCCCCAUACACACACAGAAUCUUUAUAUUUAUACUGUACUGUUUUGUUAUUUAAAUGAAUACAUAUAUCAACACUGUCUGCCUUUUGACUGAGAGCAAAGUGUCAAACACCCUGCGGCGCUGGAGUGAGCUGCAUCUCUGCGUCGCGGCUGAAGUGGCGGCGGCGGUCUCUCCGUUCAAGGUUCACGCGUUGAGGCGAAAGACUUCCUGCUCGCCAUUAACUGCAAUACGAUAGCUACACUGUUGGCCUUUCUGGAAUUGUAAAGAGCGUGUCCUUUUUUUAAACCUGCGAUGCGUCAAUUUCAUGACGGUUUGAUAGUACAGAGGUCCCGGAUCUGUUUUUGUUUUAAUCUAACAUAUUUCAGGGGUUUGGGUUUUUGCCAAGGAGAUAAACACCAAAGUGUUGCUAAAACAAAGGAAAGAAGAAAGGUUUGUGAUAAAUGUAUCCCAAAAAUAUACAUACAUACACACGCAGCAACAACUGAAAGUGUUAACCUCUGAUCUAAGAAGAGCACCUUUCCUCCACCGUUAAAAGUCUUCCUCCUUGUGCUAAACACACAUUCUGUCAUCACAGCGGCAGACUGGGCACGCAGGCUUUGCCCUUUCUAUAUUGUUUGUGAUUUAUUGGACUCCUACAUUUUAUUACUGUGAGGGGGCAUUUUUGACACCUGAAAGUCAUCCCAGCUUGCGCGCGUCAUAGGAGUCAUAGUGACCCUUAAAAAAAAAGAAAAAAAAGAACUCCCACACAGCAUUGAAAGGCCAGGAAACGUUCGCUAGAUGUGAUCUUAAAAAAAGGUUCACCUCGGAAUUUACUGAUCACAGAGCUCAUAGUUUGCACAUGACGUUUGCAGGGCUGAUAUCAAAUGACCACGAGAGACAUUUAAGGUCUAAAACAGAAUAAUUAACUUGUGAGAAAUAAUCGUUGGCCACACUACACACUUUUUUUUCAUAGUUUCUCUCACUUUUGUUUACUCACUGUACUUCUGGUUUGGAUUGGAGCCUGUUACAAUGUGAAUUUAUUUAUCACAGCGACAAAAACAGGGCAAACACUUUUUGGGUUGCUUUGUUAUUUUGGAGAAGUCUUAAUGCACUGAGCACGUUUCAUGUUUAUUUUCAAUUCCUGUUUACCCUACAUUUCUUUUUUUAAGACUGGCGCAUUUUUGAAAGCAACCCCCUGCCGAAGGAAGAGUUUUUUUAUGAAUGAAGGAAAAGGCGCCCUUGAAUUUUUUUUUUUUUAACCUUUCAUGUCUAAUAGUGCAAAUUACUUUUUAUGACAGUGCUUUCUGCACGUGCCUUUUCUUUGGAAGAAAAAAGUACAUUGAAUAUAACUACAUACAAUCGGUCAUACAUUGUAUACUAUGUUACUCCUCUGAUGUUUGAUCAUAUUUAAAGAUUGUACAGAAGUGGAGGAUGAUAUGUAAAUAUAUGAUAGUGUAAGGCAUUUACAAGCUGUCUGUUGCAUUCCUCAUCUGAGACGGCGAGAAAAAGGUGUGUAUGUAUGCAAUUAUGUGUGGGAGCCUCACAAUGGGAAUUGAAUGUAACAUGCAUCAAUUAAAACUAUUAUUGACAUUUUAA